GCUUUGAUUUCCACCAGUGUCAAUGUGGCCGAAUGGGUUCUUAACCCUAACCUUUCUUCUUUUUCUUCUUCUUCCUUCUUCUCACCCUGAACGGUGAAGUUACCAGCCGGAGCUCGUAGCAGCACUACAUUUCUACUCUAACAAAAUGGGUAUUUCUCGUGAUUCCAUGCACAAGAGGCGUGCCACUGGAGGCAAGAAGAAAGCUUGGAGGAAGAAGAGAAAGUAUGAGCUUGGGAGGCAGCCAGCAAACACAAAGCUGUCAAGCAACAAGACAAUUAGGAGGAUUAGGGUUCGUGGUGGGAAUGUGAAGUGGCGUGCUUUGAGGCUUGAUACUGGGAACUAUUCUUGGGGGAGUGAGGCUGUUACUCGCAAAACAAGGAUUCUUGAUGUGGUGUACAAUGCAUCCAACAAUGAGCUUGUUCGGACUCAGACGUUGGUCAAGAGCGCCAUUGUUCAGGUCGACGCAGCGCCCUUCAAGCAGUGGUAUCUGCAGCAUUAUGGCGUUGACAUUGGUCGCAAGAAGAAGAUUGCAGCUUCUGCCAAGAAGGAAGGAGAGGAUGGUGAAGCUGCGACCGAGGAGGUGAAGAAGAGUAACCAUGUCUUGAGAAAAUUGGAAAAGCGGAAACAGACCCGGGUGCUUGAUUCUCACAUUGAAGAACAAUUUGGGGGUGGUCGCCUUUUGGCUUGUAUCUCAUCGCGACCUGGCCAAUGUGGCCGUGCUGAUGGAUAUAUAUUAGAGGGCAAAGAGCUGGAAUUUUACAUGAAGAAGCUUCAAAAGAAGAAGGGCAAGGGCGCUGCAUAAGAUAUUGGCUAUCUUCCUACUCUUUGUAUCAGAAUUUCUUGAUGGUCUUUACUAUCCAGUCAGAUCAUUAGUUUUGCUAGGAAGUAUACUCUCUUGGGGAGUGAAUGUUUUAUUGUGUAAACAUGGCCAGGAACUUCUAUUUCUUUACUUAGAGUGAGUUCUGUUUAAAUUGAUUACCCUCCACCAUCACAAUUUUAUAGUA